CCCGGAAAAACAACUACACGGGGUGAAAUAGCCAACGUAGCUAACGCCUAUCUUCUCCACCAGAAGGCUGGACGCAUGCAAGUUAAUUGUUAAUGUCGUGUUUUCAUUUGAAUGUCGUUAAUUGCGUGUUUAUUCUGAAUAUUUUGGUAACAGAAUAAUGUUUUCAUUAAGUACACAAUACAAGUUUUGGCUAUUUUCUAAUGAAGAACGUCUCUGUACUUUAAGACAUAAAGCUAAUUCUAACUUCAUACAACAACAUGGAAAAGGUAUUAAGGAUGAGACAAAAUAUAAUUUUUUCUUAUCUCCACAUGAAGAAAGAAUGCUAUGUAAAUAUUACGAACACAUUCUUCGAGAUUUUUGUAGGAAGUUUCAGCCUGAAAUGCCGAAAUGUGUUUUGGGUACAUCAUUUCAAUACUUCAAAAGAUUUUAUUUAAAUAAUUCUGUUAUGGACUAUCAUCCAAAAAAUGUUAUGGUAACAUGUGUAUAUUUGGCUUGCAAAGUAGAAGAAUUUAAUGUAUCUAUAACACAGUUUGUAGCAAAUAUUAAAGGCGACAGAGAAAAAGCAAUGGAUGUCAUAUUGAAUAAUGAAUUAUUAUUAAUGCAACAAUUAAAUUAUCAUCUGACAAUUCAUAAUCCGUAUCAUCCAAUAGAAGGGUUUUUAAUAGAUUUAAAGACACGAUAUCAUUCAUUAAGUGAUCCAGAGCGUCUUCGUCCGUUUAUUGAUGAAUUUCUAGAUAGGUCUGUUUUUUCCGAUGUUUAUCUCCUUCAUCCACCAUCUCAGGUUGGCCUAGCUGCUAUAUUGUAUUCUACAACAAAAUUUAAAGAAAAUAUAGAUGGUUAUAUUAACGAUGUGUUGAUGAUGAAAUUACCGAAGGAAAAGAUAAUAAAUUUAAAAAAUUCUUUAAGGAGUAUUUGCUCCAUGGUAAAACCUUCUGAAUGUCCACCAAAGGAUCAGAUAAAAAUAAUUGAGAAAAAACUUGAAAAAUGUCGUAACCAAGAGAAUAAUCCUGAUAGCAUAAUAUAUAAAAAAAGACUUCAAGAAAUGUUGGAUGAAGAAGAAUUGAUGCCAAAUCAAAAAUAUGCAAGAAUCUCAGAGGUGAUUUCUUAAUUGUUUUUUUAUUUAUAAGUUUAUUUAUUUAUUUCAUAAUAAUUAUAUUUUAGAAAGAAAAAUCAUGAUUGUUUUGAAGUUUUCUGUAAUAUCUUUAUUCCCAAAAGGCAACGAGGUGUGCCAGAAACACCUGACAGUUUUUAAGAUAAAAUUACACUUUGGAAGAAAGUGUAAAUAUUUAUUGCUUUGCACAGAUUCGUUCUCCAUAAAAAAAAUGCAUGUAUAAUACUGUCAUUUCUUGAAAAUAGCAUUUCGUAAGUAGGCACUGCGUCCUGCAAAUGAAAAUUUAAAAACCGUCAGGUGUUUCGGAUGCAUCCUAUAUAUAAUAUAUGAUGAAAUAGAAAAUUAAUUUAUGAAAUCACAAAUAUUUGUAUAAACUGGCAUUGUAUGUAACAUCAGUAGAUGCUAAUUUUAUUUUUAAACUGAUGAUGCAAAAUUACUACUACAG